AUGGCUGACGAAGCCGAGAAACCGGCCGAGAGCGCGGUCGAGGUUCGCGAGUCUAUCGAGGCCAAAGCAACUAAUGAUAGCAAUACCAACAAUACUUCGCAGGAUAUGGAUACAUCUAAGGCUACUGGGAACUCUAUAGAUGUCAAUGACAAUCAUGAGGGUUCUAGAGGAGAUUUAAGUAUCAAUGCCGCUGUAGACGCGAGCGCAGAAGCUGGCGCAGAAGUCGAGGAUGACGCGGAUGCCGAUGGGGAGCCCGAGGAGGAUCGCACUCCAGGCCGUCUCGACCAUGAUAUGUUAAUUGUCAUCGAAAAUACGGCAAAUUAUCUCUCUACUUAUAGAGAUGCUAACGGCUACCACGUUGCCUCCCAUUUUCAGCGCAUCCCGAACCGACGACUGAUCCCAGAAUAUUACGACGUUAUAAAGGAGCCCAUCGCUUUUAGUACCGUUCGAACCAAAAAGCUCAGAAAACAAUACACGGCCUUCUCCGAAUUUGUCAGGGACGUCGCUCUUAUCUCCCACAAUGCAAUGGUCUAUAAUCGACCUUCCUCGGAAUUCUUUCAAGACGCCGCUCGUUUACGAGAGAUCUUUAAGGAGGAACUUCAAAGGCUAGUCAAUGAGGGAACUAUCAAGCCCGAGGAUGCCGUACUCCCCGACCUAGGAGAAAUACCUGAAGCGGAGGAUUCCCCUCCUCCGGAUCCAGAUGAGGAAGAAGUGGAAGAAGAGGAGGAAGAUGAUGAAGAAGAUGACGAUGACGAUGAUUCAGACGAUGAGGGUGGUCGACGACGUGGGCGACGGGGUGGUCGUCACUCAACUUCGGGGCGAAAAGCCGACGCGAGAGAUGACGAUUCACACAAGAGACGAGGUCGCCCUCCUAAGGUUUUUACUCCGUUGGAAGCCCGCAUUCACACACUGUUGAAAGGUCUCCGAAAGCCAAAGCAUCCCGAUGGAGAUCUACUAAUCAUCCCAUUCGAGAGGCUUCCAGACAAGCAAACGACUCCGGAUUAUUUCGCUGCCAUAAAGAACCCCAUAGCUAUGGAUCUGAUCAAGCGCAAAGCCAAGAGAAAGAAGUAUCAGAACGUAGAUCAAGUGCUGAGAGACCUCGACUUGAUGUUCGAGAACGCAAAACUGUAUAACGAAGAGGACAGCCAACUGUAUAAAGAUGCGGUCGAGUUACAGCGACAAACCCAUUUGCUUGCUGAACAGGAGAAGGCCAAGCCCGAUAGCGAAUUCGAAGACGAGGACGGUAGGCGACCCCUGCCAGAAAUUUUUCAUAAAGGGGAGAUCUGGAGAAUUGGUGACUGGGUUCAUAUUACCAACCCGAACGAUCUGACCAAACCCAUUGUGGCCCAGAUCUACCGAACCUGGGAGGAUAGGUCGGGUCAGAAGUGGGUGAAUGCGUGCUGGUACUACCGCCCAGAGCAGACGGUCCAUCGGUUCGAGAAGCAUUUUCUCGAAAACGAAGUGGUCAAGACGGGCCAAUAUCGAGACCAUCGCAUCGACGAAGUAGUAGAUCGGUGCUUUGUUAUGUUCGUGACUCGAUAUAACAGAGGUAGGCCAAGAGGGUUCCCUAAGAAUAAAGACGUCUAUGUUUGCGAGGCGCGAUACAACGAGGAGAAGCACAAGCUCAACAAGAUCAAAACGUGGGCAAGCUGCUUACCUGACGAGGUUCGUGAGAAGGACUACGAGAUGGACUUGUUUGAGGCGCCUCGUAAGCUUAAGAAGGUGAUCAGUCCUAUUAAGCAUCUCCUUCAAGAUGAUGCAAAGCCGACGGAUCCCUUGCCGAAGCCAACCUGGGGAGCACCUAAUGCGCCACCCCUCAUUGGGGCCGUGCAUUGUCGGGAGAGAGAGCCGAAUGAAUCUCCACCCCCGGAACCAACACCAUCUCCACCUCCGCCUCUCCCUAUGAUGGAUUCAGUCCGUCGUCCUUCAAUGAUGGCGGCGCGUUCUAUUGACGCUCAGGGUGAUAUCGCCAUGGGUAAUACUCAUCACUUUUCUACCAUCCCGGCUCCAGCUACACCGACGCCUGGACAUGUUGGCGCUUAUGCGUCGCCUAAUCCCUUCGCACCGCGUCCCAGUCCAACCCCGGUCCCUGUGCCACAAUACGGCAACCAUGCUGGCGUCCCCCAUCCCGGCUUUCCGGUUCAGGGUGUCCAAGGUCCUCCACACGGCGGCCAUGGUCAUACCACACCACAGAUGACUCCCGUACCACACUUCCAACCACAUCAGCCUCCUCACCAGCCUGCUGCUUACAACAACGGAUACCCGCCUCAAUACAGUACUACUCCAGUUCCCGUACCCCAUCAAUCUCACCACCCGCCUCCUCACCAAAUUAACUCACCAAUGCCCGCCUACGACACGUCGCAUCGUAUUGCUCCAACGCCCGUGCGAGCUCCCAUGGCCGCCGCGCCUAGUCCUGGUCCGCACGGGCAAGCUAACGUCUACAACCCGCCCCGUCCGGUCGAAGUUUACCGCUUAGAUGACGCAUUAAAUAACAAGAUUCCUGAGGAAGUUCGCGAGCAAUUCCAACGCGACGAAGCUGGUCACGUGUUAUUCUUCACCCAACCUCCUCUAGACCGCCCACACCGUGGUGUAUCUAGCGAGAGUGCUGGCCUUGGACAUAGCGUCCGCUAUCUUGCUGACCGCGCCCGUGAAGUUGAGGACCGUCGCGCAAAACGAAAGGCAAGAGAUGAACUACGCCAGGCUGAAGAGAAGAAGCGACAGGAGACAGCAAAACUUGCCGCCGAGGAGGAAAGCCAAGAGAUAAUGAGCCAAGCUCGUGAUGCCUUAGCUAACUGGGUCGGUUCUAUGAAUAAGGAAACCGAGAAGUUGAUGCGAGUUUACGAUGGUUGGAGCAGUCGCGAUGAGGAAAUCGACAAAGUCGCUGGAACGACCGUGGGAUAG